AAGCAGCAGCAAUGAUCAGCAGCGAGUCGAGCGACUCCGAGGUCGAGCAGGUCGCGCGCCGGGCCGCGGACGUGCAUGCCACCAAGGUGCCGAGCGCCAAGCGCGCGCGUGCUUCGUCCGAUGUGGAUGAGAAGUCGCGCGAAGAGAUCCUCGCCGAGCGCCAAGCCCGCCGCAAGCAGAAGCGCGUCGACAAGCAAGCGGCCAAGGCGGUCGAGCGUGAACAGGAAGCUGAUCGGCUCAAGGAAGAGCGCCGGACGCUAGGCCGCCGCUUCACCGUCUCGAUCGCGGUGCCCGGCUCGAUCGUCGACAACGCGCAGACGAAGGAGCUCAAGACGUACCUCGCCGGUCAGAUUGCGCGCGCGGCCGCCAUCUUCCAGGUCGACGAGGUCAUUGUGUUUGACGAUCAGCUCGGAAAGGCGGCAAACGACAAGGACGUGACGAAGAAGUACAACAACCCGAACGACUGCCAUGUCUUCCUUGGGCGCAUCCUCCAGUACCUCGAGACGCCCCAGUACCUCCGGAAGGCGCUCUUCCCGGUGCACUCGGACCUCAAGUACGCCGGCUUGCUCAACCCGCUCGAUUGUCCCCAUCACAUGCGUGGCGACGAGUGGACGACGUACCGCGAAGGCGUCGUUGUCGACGUGCCCAGCAAGGAAAAGCGCGGGUCGCAUGUCAACGUCGGCCUCAAGAAGUUUGCCGUCAUCGACAAGCAUCUCCAGCCCGGCGUCCGUGUGACCGUCAAGCUCGACGAGUCGUCCAAGGACAAGAAGAAGUUGGCCGGGACGGUGGUGUCGCCUGCCGAGCCGCGCGAGCAGCUCGGCCAGUACUGGGGCUACACCAUGCGCUUUGCCACGUCGCUCAAGGAAGUGUGGACCGAGAGUCCGUACAAGAAGGGCUAUGAUCUCAAGAUUGGUACGUCCGAGCGCGGUACGAGCUGCGUCGACGACAAGGACUUCAAGCUCCCGCCUUCGAGCACGUCCUCAUUGUGUUUGGCGGUGUCUCGGGUAUCGAGGAGUGCACGAGCGCCGACGAGUCGAUCGCGAUCAACGGCGACCAAGCGCACACGCUCUUCGACAUGUGGGUCAACACGUGUCCGCAGCAAGGCAGUCGCACGAUCCGCUCUGAGGAGGCCAUCUUGAUUUCCAUGUCGGCGCUGCGCUCGCACCUCAUGAGCAACCAAAUGCCAUAGAUAACCAUACAAAUAAGCUUCGCACGCGUGCGUCUACAGUCCCA